AUGGCAGCUUUACCACCAAACUUCGGCGCAUUAGUCUUUCUACGUGUCGUACAGGCCUUCGGUUCGGCAGCUGUGGUCUCAAUGGGAGCUGGAACAGUGGCAGAUACAACGGAACCGAAACAUCGUGGAAAAGCGAUGUCUCAUUUCCUCCUGGGUCCGCAGCUGGGCCCUGUUAUCGGACCUGUGUUGGGAGGCGCUCUUGCAGAGGCUUCGUGGAGAUGGAUCUCUGGCUUCCUCGCUCUGACUGGAUUCACGCUGUGGCUCAUGAUCGUCUUCGCCCUCCCAGAGACACUACGCUGUCGUGUGGGCAAUAGCCAGAUCAACACUAAAUCAUGGUUCGUCUGGCCACCUCGUCUGGCUACUGAGACAGCGCCGCCUGAGGAACAAGGACCAAAGCCACCAAAGCCGACACUCCAGGGCUACUGGAAGCUCUUCAGCUAUCCUCCUAUUGGCAUUGUCUCAUUCAACACUGCAAUCCUGUAUGCUGCCUAUUUCUCCAUUGCUGUCGACCUACCAAGGAGCUUCAAGGGAGCUUACGGAUGGAGCGAAAGCGAAGUCGGCGCUGCCUACCUCGCAGUGGGAGUGGCUCUCAUUGUUGGCUCUCUCGUGGGAGGCAGAGUCAAUGAUUGGCGACGCAGAGUCAUGCAUGCGAAGUCGGGCGAUGCUGAGGUCGCCCCAGAAAGUCGACUUGUUGACCAAAUUUGGGGCGUCGUCCUCUGCGCAGGAGGAACACUCAUGUACGGCUGGUUCGUUGACCGACGUAUCCACCCCGCCGCGGUAUUGGUGGCCACCUUCAUCACGGGCUUCAGUAUGAGUUGGGUCUUUGUCUCAUCAACGGCAUUCCUGACAGAGUGUGCACCGAUGCAAGCAGCUGGAGCAUUUGCACUUGGCAACAUGCUUCGCAAUCCUGCAGCUGCGAUUGCUGCUGUCAUCACACCAUCUUUGAUCAGGGACAUGGGUAUAGGGUGGUUCUUCACGGGGUUUGCACUGCUUGACUUGGUAGUCGUCGGCAGUUCCGUCCUGAUUCUCAGGUGGAGGAGCCCCUACUGGCGGGCGAAGAAGAAAGCAGCCGCGAAAGCAGCGACCUGA